AUGCCGCACAUGGAGCCAAAAUUCGAGUUGGCGUUCAGGAGAACACUGUUCUUUUUUGUACUCAUCCUCGUCUACCUAAUUCUUGGAGCUUCAGCACUUUCGCUAUUGAGGCCGCCGCGACAUGAUAAGGGUUCCCUCGACAAAAUCGAGCGAAUUGACGUGAAGCGUGCAGAGCUGUUGAACGUACUUUGGGCAGAGACGUUGGCGAAAUCAGAAAAUGAUUGGGAAGAGAUGGCGAAUCAAAAGAUGGAAGCUUAUGAAAAGACGCUUCUCACCAGCGCCUCAUCCUUCGUCGAACAACGCGACUUCACCUUCUGGGGCCACUUUGAGCGAGCGUUCUCGAUGAUUACAACUAUUGGCCCAAUCGACUGUCGCGAGCUGUCGACGCUCGGCAAAAUGUUUUGCUUUGUGUAUUCGCUACUUGGAGUACCACUCGCGUUACUAUAUCUCUCGCACUGUAACAAAAUGGCUGCUUGUUUGUGUUCAUCGACAAAAAUCUUCCUCUCGACCUUCAGCCUAAUUUUUGUGGGUGCGGUGGUGUACGACAUUGUCGAGCAGGGCAGCGAUGAUACGCCCUUCAUCGACGCCUACUUCAGCGUUUUCCUCCAAUUCUCCACGAUAGGGGAGGAGGACCCGAGAGUACGAGGCAUCUUCACCUAUAUUUUAUGCCUGGCGGGGCUUUCAUUGAUGUCAGUGACGUUUAUCGUCAUUCAACAAGAGAUUGAAAAACGAACAGCAUGGUUCGAGCUACAGUUCUCAUUCUUAUUCGGAAGGGCCGAGCGGUGGGCAACCGAAAACAAGCCACGGAGUAUGGAUCGGGUAGAGGAGGAAGAGGAAGAAGAAGAGGACGAUGGCUAC